AUGGCUUCAGAGCCCCAUCCAGCUGUCCGCAACGCCCUAGACAAACUCGGGUUCGGCCGCCGCGCUCCGGCCAAGUUCGGGUUCAGCCGCCGCGCUCCGGACAAAUUCGGGUUCAGUCGCCACGCUCCGGCCAAGCUCUGGUUCAGUCGCCACGCUCCGGCUAAGCUCGAGUUUAAUCGCCAUGCUCCGAACAAGCUCGGGCUCAGUCACCACUCUUCGUCCAAGCUCUGGUUCAGUCGCUAUGCUCCGGACAAGCUCGGGUUCAGCCGCCGCGCUCCGGCCAAGUUCGGGUUCAGCCGCCGCGCUCCGCACAAGUUCGGGUUCAGCCGCCGCGCUCCGGACAAGUUCGGGUUGAGCCGCCGCACCCCGCACAAGCUCGGGUUCAAUCGCCAUGCUCCGGACAAGCUCGGGUUCAGCCACCGCGCUCCGGACAAGCUCGGGCUCAGACCGCAGAGUCCGUCACCAUUCCGAAACGGCCCCAACUCGCAUAUUCUGUGA